AGCCAGAUAUGGGACUGGAGGACGAACGAAAGAUGCUGACCGGGUCCGGAGAUCCUAACGAGGAGGAAGAGGAAGAGGAGGAAUUAGUGAUAGGACUGAGGCUUUCAGUGCAUACUGGCAACAUUGGAAGGCAGGAAUGUGAAACUUUUCCCUACUACUUAGCAUCAGAAUUGAAUGGGAGACCCCAUUCUGCCAUUUCUGUCGGCAGUGUGGCUCUGCCAGCUGGCCUUCUGCACGGAUCCCUUAACAACAGUGAGAGAGCACUGCGAGCAGCUGGAGAAAUGUGUAAAGGCUCGGGAGCGGCUAGAGCUCUGUGAUCAGCGUGUAUCCUCCCGAUCAGAGACAGAAGAGGAUUGCACAGAGGAGCUCCUAGACUUCUUGCAUGCAAGGGACCACUGUGUGGCCCACAAACUCUUUAACAGCUUGAAAUAAAUGUGCAGAUUCAUUCACCCCAGCCUUCAUCACCUGGGCAUCAGGAUAUUUCCUUAUGGUUUUUAACAUGCCAUUUGGUUCCAAUCUGUGUAACUGUAAGUUCAUGUGAACCUCAUGGAUUUUUGGUUAGGCAAGUAGCUUCUAUGUAAUUAACAGUGAUUUCAUCAUAAUAAAGUCCUGUGAGCUGCA